AUGACCACCACCACGGUACCAACCAACAUCGCCCACUACCUCGACGCGGCUGGCCCCUUCGUGGCCCGCGUCGACGAAGCCGCCGACUGGAUCGACGCCGAGCGGCAGAUGCCGCCCGACCUUGCCGGGGACAUGGCCGAUGCCGGCUUUUUCCGCCUGCUGCUGCCUCGCGACCUGGGCGGCGCCCAGCUGGCGCAUCCGGACUUCCUGCAAAUUCUGGAGCAAUUUGCCGCGGCGGAUGCGAGCGUGGCGUGGUGCCUGAACCAAAACAACGUCUUUGCCACCAGCGCCGCCCGUAUGCCUGUGGAUACCGCGCAUCUGAUCUGGGGCGAGCCGCGCGCGGUGGUCACCAAUGGACCGCCCACGAGAUCCUGCCUCGCCACUCCCGUGGAGGGCGGCUACCGCCUGAACGGGCGCUGGAACCUGAGCAGCGGCAGCGACCACGCCACCUGGAUCGCUGCGUUGUCGCCCGUGGCGCAGGGUGGGCAAAACGGAGCCACCGCCAGCGAUCAGGGGCCACGCAUCCUGCUGAUGCCCAAACCGGAGGUCAAUAUCGUCGACCUGUGGCACACGGCCGGACUCCGCGGCACGGGCAGUUUCAGCUUCGACGUGGACGACCGGUUCAUCGCCGAAGAGCGCACCUACAUCCAGGAUGGCCCGGCGUGGGCCGAUGGACCGCUGUACCAGAUCCCGCGCACGCUGCUUUUUGCCACCGGCUUUGCCACCGUUGCGCUCGGCGUGGCGCGCAAGAGUUUGGAAAUCGCCAUCGGAGUAGGCCAGAGCCGGAUGCCCUACCGGUCCGGCGUGCUGCUCCGCGACCAGCAAACCACCCAGCGCACGAUGGGCGAAGCACAUGCCCAGCAAAGUUCCGCGCGCGCCUUUCUGAAGGAAGCACACGGCCGGCUGUGGGAUUCAGCUUGCUCCAAGGGCACGCUCACCAUCGACGAGCGGAUCCAACUGCGGGUCGCCGCCACCCAUGCCAUCCGCACGUCGGCGCAGGUGGUGGACGCCGCGUACACCCUUUGCGGCGCGAGCGGCAUUUUCCAGUCCAACCCGAUCCAGCGACGGUUCCAGGACAUGCACGUCAUCACCCAGCAUGUGCAGGGACACUACGUGCACUACGAAACGGCGGGCCAAUUCCUGAUGGGCUUGGAACCGCAGGGCGUUUUUUAG